AUGAGUAAUUCUACCGGUUCUAGAGCAGUCAGCGCACUGUCCCCCAGCCAUAAUGGUAUAGCCAAUCAGAAGUAUGCUGUGGAGAGGGAGAGAGCCUUUGCUCAAUACAAAAGCAAAAUAGAGCAGCUGGACACCGUUCUAACAAACUAUUCGACCAACAUCAAGACGCUCGAUGUGGAUACGGUUUUGGUUGGGGAAAUUGCUAAACUUCGGAGCCAUCUGCACGAUGUCUUGGCCAUCAUCGAAAUCACCAUUCAGCCUCUUUGGGUUGAUGCGAUACCUUCCGAAAGCAACGAGCCUGGGAAACCCAGCGACGCCACCAAGUCCAUCUCCUCUAGUAGUUCACAGGAUGGCCGUCGUUCCGACUCUCUUCCAACGGACCUUGAGGCACUGCCGCAAUGCUUGGAAAAAUUUAACUCGUCUUUGGAUCUUCUUCCGGGUUUCCAGCAGAUUCAAUACCGCAUCGUGCAGAAGGUACAUCAAUCACUCCUCGAUCUCAAGCAAGAUUUGCAAUACUGGAGCGUCAAUUUACUCCAGUUCUCUGGGAGUUUUCAUAAAAAUGCCACUCGUCAUCACGUAUCUGCAAUAGCAGACCAUAUGUCACUUCAUUUAGACGAUAUCACAGAGGCCCUCAAACGGCUUCUCGAGUUAGGGUGGCACACGAUUACGUAUUAUGACCGACGUGGCACGUUCCAAGAUCUGUCAACCACUGCCGUCUUCUUUUCUGGGGCUGCUUCGUCCAGCAACGACAGCGCAAUCGGCAAAGCCAUCAAUUUCUUCUAUAUAGUGUCGCUUUUCCUUUCCAUUGCCUGUGCGGUUAGUGGUCAACUCAGUUACAGGUGGACUUCGGCCCCCCACAUCAAACCGAAUGUAAGACUCCCAUGGUGGGUCUCGCGAUGGAUUGUGGACAUCCCUCUUACACUCUUGCUUCUAUCGCUGGGAUCGUACGCCAUCGGCAGCGUGCUUGCCACUUAUGUGACGUAUGUCGGUAAUUCGAAGGCCGUCCCCCUCCUGUCAAGCAUUGCGUUAGGGUUAUGGGUCUCCGGGUCACUCGCCGCGUGGUUGUGGUUCUUGGUUGAUCUUACGGCUAUCAAGCGCAACAUGCACACCAAUAUGUUCAAGGAUAUCCUCUCUGCGCCCCCGGCGCAUCAGUCAAACUUCCAGGACGUCCCGGAGAUAACUCAGUCCUAUACUGAUGAUGACCUAGAACUGCGCGAAGCCCCGGCAGUCCAACGUGUUCUCCCUUCUACUUCAUCUCAUCAGGGGAACCGGACCGUUACCUACAAGUCCUUUAAACCUGACCAGUGGGACCAAAUCCUACGGAACCUGAUUCCCAUGGCUCCUCGAGCAAACAGGUUUCGAGAGCUUGUCUGGCAGGUGGUUAAGGCUAAUCGCCAACGGGUUCCAGAGGAAGAACGCGUUCGGACUAGGCAACGGAACAGUCAGGAGAGGAUUAGAGGACUGAGGGAUGUGGUGAUUUCCUUAGAGACGCAAGUUGAAGAAUGGACCAAGUUUCACCUCUCGGCCGUACGCGAUAUCAAGUUCAGUGCCAAUGGAAGCUACUUGGCAACCUGUUCGCAGGAUCAAAAGGUGGUUUUUUGGGUAGUGCAUCCAGAACUCAAGGUUCACUGGUCAUCACGGUGCGGUGCAAACUCGUGGCCUUCUCGUCUCUCCUGGCACCCCAAAGAUCCCUUAUUGGCAGUAAUGCUCGCUGGAAGUGCUGGCUUGUUAAUCUAUGAUCUCUCAAAUGCCGGUCCGCCCACUGACAGUGCCUGGUCAGCAACGGAAGGGCCAGUGAGAGCGAUUGCUUGGAUGCCGGGGGGAAAUGGUCUUGUUUACACGGAGGGUUAUUGUGUUUGGUGUUUAAAUCAUGACGGUGAAAAAUGGAGUGAAAAAUUGAGCGUUGAACGUCCGUAUUUGCUUGACGAAGUUGCUGUUACUCCAGACGGAACUAGGCUCAUCGUGAUUGGUACAGUAGAGUCCGUGAAAAUCGGUGAAAACCAAUGUAAACCAUCAAGAUCUCCUCCUGAGCGGAGGGUUAUCAUGGUCGAAAUGGAAAACAGAACGACAGUUUUUGAGAUGCCAACCCUAAGCCAAGUCCGAAGUUUGGAUGUAUCUUCUUCAGGGACUUUUUUACUCGUCACAUACGAAGGAAAGGUACCUCCCCAAUUGUUCCGCAUUCACUCGACACAACUGGUCUUACUGCAAACGUACUAUCUACCCAAGGAAGAUGUGAAAUACACAGGUUUUGGUCAGCUUGGUAUCCCUGGCUGGACAUCCGGAGUGGAUGGGCCACGCAUCGAUGACUCCAUUGUAAUAUGUGCUGAUGAAGGUGAAGCUUUCCCUCAAGGUGUCUUCUUCGACUUACCACCCAUAUGA